UGCUUAUAAACAUGUCUGCAUCAGUGUGAACAGUACUUUACAAUGUCUCCAAAGAGUCUUUGCUAUUGCUGCAUUAUGUUAAUUUAUUAAAAUCUAUUUUAUAAGUGGUAGCGUAAUAUGAUCUUAACUAUGCAUUCACACGUAAUCCCAAAUAAGAGUGAAGAUGAGAUGACAGUAGAAGAGAAAUGGAUGGUGAAACAUGUACAAAUGCACGAAAAACAUAAAGGGCAUGAUGAAAUGCAUUUGGAAAUGCUGCUUAUUUUAUUUGGAACUUUGUUAGUAGCACAGAUUAUAUUAGUUGAAUGGAAGAAAAUACACUAUAAGUCAUAUCAGUUUGUUACUUUAAUUGCUAUGUGGAUAAUUCCAUUUGCAUUAAGUUUAAGACAUCAUUGGUGGAGAUUUAUAUUUUUCUGGUUAGUAACGUCUUGUAUAACAGGAUUAGUGGUAAGAAAGGCUGUUCAAAAACCUAUAGCAGGUACAACACCAAGAUUGGUGUAUAAAUGGUUUCUUUUUAUUUAUAAAUUAAGUUAUGUGUUGGGCAUAAUAAGUUAUGUUAUAAUGCUAGCCACAUUUUUUGGUUUACAUCUUAUAUUUGAGGUUAAGCCACAAAUGUGGAUGGAUUGUGGUUUACUUUUGUUAUUUUAUGGUCUUUAUUUUGGAGUAUUAGGAAGAGAUGUUGCAGAAAUAUGUGCAGAUAAAAUGGCUUCACAUAUCGGGUAUUAUGUACCAGGCCAUAUGCCAACAAGAACUUUAGAACCUGGUGUGUGUGCAGUAUGUGGAAAUAGACUUUUAGUGUCAGAAAAUGAACCUGGUGUUAUUGAAAACACGUAUAAACUUAGCUGUGAACACGUGUUUCACGAAUUUUGUAUCAGAGGAUGGUGCAUUGUAGGAAAAAAACAAACAUGUCCAUAUUGUAAAGAAAAAGUUGAUCUCAAGAAAAUGUUUUACAAUCCAUGGGAACGACCUCAUGUUUUGUAUGGUCAACUACUAGACUGGAUCAGGUGGUUAGUUGCUUGGCAACCAUUAAUUUUGUUUCUCGUUCAAGGUAUCAAUUGGGGCCUAGGCCUCGAGUAAGUAGUAUUGUAAUAGGAUAAUUAAACUUCACUUUGAAAACCGUUAAGUUUCCGUAAAACUAAUGAUUUAUUCUUGUAAACAAGUAUCUGUUCGUAUUUUUCUACAAAUAGUUGCUAUUAUAUUUGUUAUUUGUAACAACGAAUUCCAUUAGAAAGAUAUAAUUGCAGUCCAACUUGUGAUUAAAAUUUUAAUCCAAUUUCGAUACCAAUAUUGCAUUCGGGUUGCAGCGUUAUAAAUAACUUAUUUUAUAUGGUUAGGAUGUUUGCCAUUGUAGAUGAUAUAACAUUAUAAAAUGCUAUCUCUUCUAUACUGACAAAUUUAUACACCAUUUAUGUAGCACUAAAUAAUAGUUCUUCCAUAGAACAUCCUUUUUUGCAAUAUAUAUGAACAUUUUCAAAUUCUCAUUUAACAAAUGUGUGAUAAUUACUAAAUAAUGUACUUUAAUUUAAAUAUGCAGUGUGAAAUGCAUAUGAACCAUGGUUAUCCGAAUUAACUUUAAUAUAGCGAAAACGUAACAAAUAAUCUAAUAUUUUCUAUAAUAAGAAAGAGAUGCUGACAAUAGAGAAAAUCCUACUCUCAUUUUGUACUUUAGGAUUGAAAUAUACAGUAUGAAAAAUUAGAUAUAGCGUGUGGAUCCUCUACCUUGGAAGAAGUUCAAUUCGGAUAAUCUUGAAAUAUUUGAUUGUAUAAUACGUGUAGAAAUAUUCUGAAUUGAUGUGAGGAUGAUAGGAAUUUACCUUAUCAUUUUUUUUAUCAUUCCACUUCCUUAUUCAAGUUAGUCAAUCUAAGUUUUCAUUUUACACAAUCAAAUUGUGUUUCACGCGGUACAUACACCUAAUUCAAGUAAUUCUUUCUGAAGAUAUGCACUAAUUAUAUUCUGUAUAUUAAUGAAAUCUUUUCACAGUAAGAACAUUAUUUUGUAAAUUUUAAGCUUAUAAAGUUGUUACGUAUACUAGAAAAUAUUAAGAUACUUCAUAAGAAAAUUGCUUUGGUAAUUAUAUUCGAAUAAGCUUUGUUAUGCCAAACCGGGGAAAUUUUACUUAAUAUAUUCUGGAUUCAGAGAAGUAGGUUAUUAGAAAAUAUCCAAUAUAAUAUUUCUUAAAGCAAAAAGAAAAUCGUGUCUAGCAAUAGAAUUAAAUUAUUUGCGAUAUUUCUAUAAGUAUUAUUUCGCAUAUAUGCAUUUUUUAUCCUGUAAAUUAUUAUUUCCACUGAUAAAGUGAUUUGGUUGUCGAAUGUUUCAUGCAUAAAAGAAAAGAACAGGUAGUGAAAUAGAAUAAAUGGAAUAAAUCAUUUUCUAAUUCUAAUAGAUUUAUAACUACGACUUGUGCAUAGUAUAUACUUAUAAAUCGAAAUUUUUAUAAAUCUUUGGAACAAAAAUUUUUUAUGGUUGUCGAACUUGUUACCAUGAUAAAUCAGGUUGCUCAACUAUAACAGAAAUUUUAAUUUUACGAGAAGUUGGUGCGUAUCAUCGUCAUAGAAUGAUACAAAAUUUUAUAUAAACUGUACAAAAUAUUGUAUCAUUGUAAAGUAAAAACUGUACACACUGUACGUAUAUUGUACAAAAUGAAACUUAACGAUUCGAUUCGAUGGCGAUCCGAUUUUCAUACCGUUUAAAACGUACAUAUUUCUUUUUUUUAUGAUUCCUUUUUAUAAAAAAAAAUAAGAUAAUUGCACGAUUAUUGUAAAUAUUUUGGAGAAAAUUAUACAAAUUGUAAGAUUCGAAACAUAAAGAAACGUUGUUCCGUAAUAAAUGAUGUACAAAAAGCAUACGAAAUUCAUGUAAAAUUUAUUUCUCAUCAAUAAAGAUUAUAAAACAGUCGA